AUGGCUACCACCGGUUUCGCAGCGCGUACGCAAAGACGCAAGAAUCUUGAACUUUCCAUGCUCCGUCGUCCUAGUGAGACGGCCAGCAUACCAAGCCAAUACAGCGCCACCACAACCGGACCUCACAGCAUCAUCAGCGAUCGCCAGGACCCUUCACCGUCUUCGCCACACAGCAGUGUGAGCACAAGCGCCAGCAGCGUGGUCAUUGAGAAUUACGACAAAUUCCAGGCCCUGCAACUCCAGCUUCAGCGGAAUACUGCUCAGAUCGAACUCAACGAGGCACGGAUGAAGCAAAUUGAGAUGGAUGAUACUCGCAUGGGCGAAGAUAUUCAGGCCCGACUCACCGCCGUUAUGGAGCUUAAUCAGCGCCUUUCACUCUUGCGAGCGAUGCUUGCGCGCGUGGAGAAGGUGUCGCAGGGGGAGUUUGGGAUGAAUUGA